AUGGACAACGACACUGGCAAGAUCGCUGCCCAAGAGAUAGACCGCGAGUCUCCCAAGGAACAUGUUGGGCCUGACUUGGAGGAGAAGAUCGAGAAUGGAUCUAGUCCGGACGGGUCAUUGCAUAAAACCGAGCAUGGAGCAGAGGUCUCGGGUACCAAAGAGAAAGACGUGGAGAUGGUAGAGACCGAGAUCCAAGACCCAGAGCCGGUAAAAGUACCUAGAUCGCAGCGGCGAGGCCUCUUCGGACGCUUUUCAAUUCUGGCAGAAGUCGAGGAACCGAAGCACUACCCUCGAAGAACCAAAUGGUACAUAACCUUUGUUGUUGCACUGGCGGCCGUGGCAGCUCCAAUGGGGAGCGCUAUUAUAUUCCCUUCACUUCUUCAAAUUUCAGACGACCUACACACCUCUCCCACAAUCACGAAUCUCUCAGCCGCCUUGUAUAUGCUUUCCAUGUCGAUAUUCCCACUUUGGUGGUCUUCAUUCUCAGAGACCCUAGGGCGACGGACCAUAUACCUCACAUCAUUCACGCUGUUUUUACUAUUCAACAUCCUUUCGGCGGUGUCAAAGGACAUUGCCAUGCUGAUCAUCAUGCGUGUACUGGGCGGCGGAGCAGCGGCCAGCGUGCAGGCAGUAGGGGCUGGUACGAUAGCUGAUGUUUGGGAAGUCAGAGAACGGGGAAGAGCAAUGGGCAUAUUCUAUCUUGGGCCAUUGUGCGGACCUCUAUUCGCGCCAAUCAUUGGUGGCGCUUUGGCUGAGAAGUUCGGUUGGAGGAGCACUCAAUGGUUUCUUGCGAUCUACGGAGGAGCGGUGCUGGUCUUCCUCUUCUUCGCCUUACCAGAAACGCUUAAAGCCACCAAAUCGCCCUCUUCAGAGACCGAAAAAGACCUCGCCUCCGACGGCCCUAACCUAGCCCGCACCACAUCCCGCCAAAGCGUCCAGCGCAAAACAGCAAAGCAUAUCAAGACGGCCAAACGCAUCUUCCUCGACCCCCUGAAGAUCAUUCUCUACCUCCGCUUCCCUGCCGUCCUCAUCACCGUCUACUACGCUAGCAUCACCUUUGGGUCGCUGUAUCUCCUCAACGUCUCGCUCCAAACCACCUUCUCCAAGCCGCCCUACAACUUCUCCACCACCCUCGUCGGCCUGACCUACAUCCCCAACUCCAUUGGCUACGUCCUCGCUUCCCUCUUUGGCGGGAAAUGGACGGACAAGAUCAUGGCACGAGAAGCCAAGCGUGCUGGCCGCUACGAUGAAAAGGGCAAAUUGAUGUACAGACCCGAAGAUCGAAUGCGCGAGAACGCCUGGAUCGCUGCGUUCCUCUAUCCGUCAGCACUCGUUUGGUACGGCUGGACCGCCGAAAAGGGGAUCUUCUGGCUGGUCCCCCUGGUCGCGAAUUUCUUCUUCGGCAUCGGCUCCAUGCUCAUAUUUGCCAUGGCGACGACGAUGCUCACCGAGUUCAUGCCCAAAAAGGCGUCCAACGGCGUCGCGGUGAACAACUUUGUGCGGAACAUCUUCUCAUGCGUGGGAGCCAUCGUCGCGCAGCCGUUGAUCAGUGCCAUCGGCAACGGGUGGCUGUUCACGGGGGUCGGUGUCAUUGCUACGGCGAGUAGCGCCGUCAUUUGGGCCAUGAGGAGAUUCGGGCCGAGAUGGAGGCAGGUGAUGGACAGGGAGCUGAAUCAGGCCGGUUGA